AUGACUCCAGUGAAAUUUUUAGUAAUUGAUGAUGCUGCACAACUAAAAGAAUGUGAAUCUACGAUUCCGUUGCAGCUUCCUGGUCUUAGCCAUUGCAUUCUUAUAGGUGAUGAGAGACAACUUCCUGCAUUGGUCAAAAGCAAGGCUGAGGUAACCAUGAUGAAGUUGAAUGAGGAGAAACACGCAUACAAUAAAGAAAAAGAUAUGCUAAAGAAGGAAUUGGAGGCAUUGAAGAGGAAAAGUAACGCGAAAGUUCAGAAAGGCUUUUCAUUACUGUUUGUCUGCAUGGUUGCUAUUGUCGAUGUGGCAGUUGGAUACUAUAUUCAGUUAUAA